UCAAGGCAGUGCAUUAAAAGGACGUCGACCGUAGCAAUCCACAUUGUCUUCGUGCAAAUCUAAAAGUCCAUAUUCCUCUCUUUGCGUCGUACAGCUGGUUCACUCGGCGUGCUCGGUAACCUAGCUACCUCGUUCCCAGCUGUGGAGGGGCAUGUGUAAUGCAUAUGCCCUACUUGUUGACAAAUCCGGCAUACCUUUUGAAAAGUGGAAUUUUCCUGACAUUUAAACUGUGAUUCAACAUCUAAGGCUCAGUGUGGAAAUCGAGGGGUUCACACUUUCGCUGCAAUAGAAGGAUCUCUGUCCAUGAAUACAUAUUGGAAGAUGUGUCCGCUUUGUAUCUCAAAAUAAGACAGCGUCGCACGGUGACUGGUUUCGUCAUGUUUGUGUUAAUGUUCAUGUUAGCCAUGAUCCUACUUCAGGGAACAGAUCUUACAGCUUUUGCCGCUGAACAGCCCAAUUCUAUGAAGAUUAUGUGCCCAUCGAAGACGUUAGAAAGUGGGGAUGUUGUACAAUUAGUCUUAAAGGAGGUCAUAAAUUCAGGCAUACCAAGUGUAUUUGGUCUAUCCUCGGAGUUAUCAAGCUGGUACCACUGUUCCAUACCAGCUUGUUUGUCGAACCCCUGUCAACCAGGAGGAACCUGUGAGGAAACAGAUGAGGGCUUUAACUGCACCUGUCUGGAUGGCUACUAUGGAGAGAGGUGCGAGUACGAUUCCUUCAUCCAUACCUUGAGACUAGUCGGUGGAAGUGAAAGUGAAGGAAGAAUAGUUAUCACAUCUCGUUCUCGCCCUACAACUUACAUGUUAAUCCAUCAAGUAAACUGGUCCAGGAACGCUUCCCGGUUAUUCUGCAGGUAUCUAGGAUAUGAAGGCGUAUAUGCGACAGUAGGAGGAGAUCUCUACGAGAUGUCGUCCUUAGACAAUCGUUCUGAGGCUGUGACUGUGAGAUGUCCUGCCAACGUGACUAACAUUACUAACUGCUGGUAUGAGGAGACGGCGGCGAUGAACCGUAGGGAGGGGAGUGUAGCUGUUGUUUGCUGUACAUUGAACCUGUGCGGCACACAGCGAGGUAUUCCGGUCGGUCUAGAAAGCGGUAAGGUUCCCGACAGCGAUAUUACAGUCUCGAGUGAGUGGGAUCCUAAUUGGAGUAAACUAAACGCACGUCUUAACAGUCCUCUUGCAUGGGCCCCUGCUGAGAAUGACGAGGACCCCUGGCUUCAGAUCGAAUUCAAUUCCACCUUUGUCAUCACCGCCAUCAUGACGCAAGGCAGGGCAAAUUUAGAUCAGUGGGUAACAUCGUACACAGUUUCUUCCAGUAUGGACGGAGCAUCUUGGACCGACUACCAGGAUAUCAACACCAAUACAGUCAAGGUCUACACAGGAAACUACGACCAAAAUAGUUAUGUUUUGCACACCCUCUUUACGCUGGUCAAAUGCCGUUUCUUUCGUAUCCAUCCCAGGACAGCCCGUUUUGGAACUGUAAAACUGGCCCUCAGGCUAGAGCUCACUGGCUACGGACCUCUCAAUGACUUGUUAGCUGCGAUGAACCAGGAAGAGGUUUGUUGUUCGCGCCCUAUUCGAGGGGAAGGAAUGGGAGUCGAAGAUGGACGAAUUCCAGACUCUAGUCUCACCUCCUCAUCGAGUUAUGAUGCUUGGCGUUACACUGCAUCAGAUGGAAGAUUGAACGGCGGAGUGUCAUUCGGUGUAAAGGCAGCAUGGAUGGCCAGGAAUGAUGACAUAGAUAAAUGGGUCAAGAUAGAUCUUGGAAAGACCGUUACCGUCACUGGUGUUAUUGUACAAGGCAGAUACGGGUGGACACAUUGGGUUACGUCUGUCAAGGUGUCCUAUUCGCUGGAUAACGUGACGUGGACAUAUGCUUUGGAACCAAAAUGUGGUGAACAAAAAGUCUAUGCAGCAAACUACGACAACGACACUCCCGAGACCAUACUGUUUCCCCGACCAAUCACUGCUCGAUACGUCAGAAUACAUCCAGUGACGUGGGAGGGACUCCCGGCCAUGAGAUAUGAAGUUCUUGGCAAAGCUGAAUAGAAAGAAGUUUUCCAGCAUGAAGACUUUUACUUAAUGUUAUUGUUAUGUUCUUAUAUUAUGUUAUUAUAACUAUUAUUUUAGUAAUGAUUAUUAUCAAUAUCAUUGUUUUUUUUUUCAAGUC